AUCGCCACAAAUCUCCAACGUUAACUGACCAUUAAGAAGAAUUAAAAUGAAUUCUGCAAUCGAAAUCAAGAAAAUUUCCGUUCUAAAAUCUGAGAGAGUUAAAUCCAUUGACUUGCAUCCAACCGAACCAUGGGUCUUGGUGGGUUUGUACUCUGGAAAUGUUUCUAUUUGGAACCAUAACUCUCAAGUAAUAGAGAAGACUUUUGAAAUCGGCAAAUCACCAGUACGAACUGGAAAAUUUAUUGCGCACAAGGAAUGGAUUGUUGUUGGAUCUGAUGAUGGGUUUCUUCGUGUGUACAACUAUAACAAUAUGGAAAAUGUCGGAGAACUGAAGGCACACACAGACUUUAUUAGGUCAGUGGUUGUGCAUCCAUCUCUUCCAUGCAUACUUUCUGCAUCUGAUGAUAAGCUCAUAAAGCUAUGGAAUUGGGAGAAUGGUUGGGAAUGCACUAAGACAUUUCAGGGGCAUGAACAUUAUGUCAUGCAAGUAGCAUUUACCCCGAAGGAUUCCAGUGUGUUCGCAAGUGUAUCACUUGAUUGUACCAUUAAGGUAAUGUGGAAUCUUGAAUCAUCAAGUCCACAUUUGUCAAUCGAAGGUCAUUCGAAAGGUUUGAAUUCUGUGGAAUUUUUUGAAACUGAUGAAAAACUCUACUUUAUUAUUGGGUCUGAUGAUUAUACUGCAAAGGUUUGGGACUAUGAAACCGAGACUUGUAUUCAAACUCUUGAAGGACACACAAACAAUGUUACGUCUACAAUAUGUGUGAAAUCGGACGCUAAUUUUAUCAUCACCGGUUCUGAAGACAAAAGUGUACAUGCUUGGAAUGCGGUAACUUACAAGUUAGACCAUGUGUUUACUUCUGAACUCGGGAGAGUUUGGACCAUUGGAUUCAUAAAAGACUCAUCUCAGAUUAUACUUGGUUGCGAUGAAGGAAUACUCGUUGGUCAAGUCAUCACUGCUUGUUCUUGAGCAAAUCACAAUUUAGCUGAUGUACUGGUGUAAUAUAAUAUAUUAAUAAAAUGCAUACCUUUCUUAUCUAAUAUUAUGUAUUUUAAUGUGUGAUGUAUGAUAUAUCUCAAUAUUGUAUCUGUAUGGUAUGAUGUAUGAAAAAAAUGUUUUAUCA